AUGUCGGACUCUACUGUUGGCCAGACGAAGCAGUUUGGAAAGGGCCAGAGGAUCGUCCCGGCCCAGAAGGCCCAGAAAUGGUACCCCGUUGAUGACGAGUCGCAGCCCAAGAAAGUCCGCAAGACUCUGCGUCCCGCCAAGCUCCGCGAGAGCCUUCAGCCCGGUACCGUUCUGAUCCUCCUCGCCGGCCGCUUCCGUGGUAAGCGUGUCGUUCUCCUCAAGCACCUCGACCAGGGUGUUCUCCUCGUCACCGGUCCCUUCAAGAUCAACGGUGUUCCCCUCCGCCGUGUCAACGCCCGCUACGUGAUCGCCACCAGCACCCGCGUGGACAUCUCCGGUGUUGACGCUCAGACCCUCGAGAAGGUCUCCGCUGCCGACUACUUCACCAAGGAGAAGAAGACCGAGAAGAAGACCGAGGAGGCUUUCUUCAAGCAGGGAGAGAAGCCCCAGAAGAAGGUCGUUGCUAGCGCUCGCGCCAGCGACCAGAAGGCCAUUGACCAGACCAUCCUGGCCUCCGUCAAGAAGGAGAACUUCCUUGGCAGCUACCUCGCCACCAGCUUCAGCCUCCGGAACGGUGACAAGCCCCACGAGAUGAAGUGGUAG